CCUUGCUUCCCAAUACGGCAGCCUAGGACAGAAUUACCGAAGUGCCCCUCGCCAUUUAACCAUCUCAUCUCCUCACCUCCCCGACGGCGACUCCCCUCGAGCUCGCCCUCCUCCCCCGCCUCGCUGCCGUCGCCUGGUCCUCUCCGGCCGGCGACCCCGAUUCAACUGGGCUAAAUUGCUUCUUGGAGUUGAAUAUGAUCAAGACUAUGAAUACAUUGUAGAUGCAAAGUUUGCUGUUAGCUUUGUAAUCUUGAAGAUGCUUGAAGAGACAUCAUCUCCAGCAUUGGAUGCUGACAGGAUAGAAGCUCCUUCGCCAAAGGAAGAAAAUAAUUCGACAAAUUCUGAAGCUGCUACAGAUACUGAAGACAUUGAAAUCAGUGAUGACGAUGACGGUGACCGCAAUCACAAGCAUCGAAGACGGGAGGCUAGGCCACAAUCUGAUGAGAAUACAGAGGAACAACAUCCAGGGAUAUCUCUCAAAAAAAGGGGCAGGGUUUCUGGUAAUGGGCAACCUUUUGGCGGAGCUGGUUCUCAAGGCGAAGCACAGAAGGAUUUUGUGCCAAAAUUCAAGAGGCGUCCUGGAACAGGAGCUCACAGUCGAGCGCCUAGAGUGAGCCAAUCCUUCCGAUCCGAUUUAUCAGCUUCUGGUGCUGCUCGCCCUCCUAUGGCACGAGGAAGAGGACGAAAUGGUGCACCCUGGACUCAGCAUGAUCCCAGAUUCAACAACCUUGAUAUGAUGGAUUUUGCAUCCCAGAUGGCUUCACAAGGACCCCCCGCGCACCCUAGCUUAUUUAUGGGCGCUGCAUUGCCAAGUGGUCCAUAUGGAUUUAUGCCUGGAAUGCCUCAUGGGAUUUUGGAUCCAAUCCACCCACUUGGAAUGCAAGGUCCUAUUCAGCCUACAGUAUCUCCUUUGAUUGAUCUUGGCAUGCCUCGUCAACGCUGUAGAGACUUUGAGGAACGUGGAUUUUGCCUGAGAGGGGAUAUGUGCCCCAUGGAGCAUGGUGUAAAUAGAAUUGUUGUUGAUGAUAUGCAGAGUCUUUCGCAGUUCAAUCUCCCAGUAUCAGUUCCAAAUGCUCAAGGACUCAGAAUCCAAAAUGAGGGAGGAACUGGUUCUGUUAACUUAUCGAGUCUUGGAGGCAGUAAAAUUGUUCCCGCAAAAGAUGUCAAAUCUGGUGUGGCAAGUGAUGCAGUAAAACCAAAUGGAAGCACCACUGCAGUUGUUGCUGAUGCUGAUGUAUAUGAUCCUGAUCAGCCUCUAUGGAACAAUGAACACCCAGAAGCAUCGUGUGCUGGUUUUGUACAUAACGAUGCUGGAAUGUGGAAUCCUGAAUCCUCAGGCUAUGAAAUGGGGCAGGAGCAUUCAACACAGAGUUUGAAGUCUUCUGUUUGGGGCAGGAUAGCAUCAAAGAGAAAAUCAGGGGGCAGUAACACAGCUAAAAUUACACCACCAAGUACUACUGGAAACGAAAAAGGUGAUUAUGAUGACAUGGCUCCCAGCACAGCCCAAGUAAAGUCCACUGCUGCUAAGGAUACUAAUGGUCAAUCCAAUUCGAGAAUAUAUGCAGAUGUGGGCCGGCAAAGUAAUCGAGCUGCUCAGAAAGCAUCCCGUACACUUUAUGUACAUGGAAUUCCCCAUGAAAGCAACAGAUGGGAGGCCCUUCUCUCGCAUUUUCAGAAGUUUGGUCAAGUAAUAGAUAUUUAUAUUCCAUCUAACAGUGAAAAAGCUUUUGUCCAGUUCUCGAAAAGAGAAGAAGCUGAAGCUGCCCUUAAAGCUCCGGAUGCUGUUAUGGGCAACCGCUUUAUAAGGCUAUGGUGGGCCAAUAGAGAUAGGAUUCCUGAUGAGGUAGAGGGUAGGAUCCCUGCAAAGUCUUCCCAAUUGUCUACUACGCUGGCCAAUUCUGCCCCUCAGCCAUCUUAUCCCAGCAGAGUCAAGGAAAAUAUUCAAUCUACAACUCCAAGGCCUAGUUCUGGAUCUUCUGCUGAACCGUUGAGUUCUGGUACAGGUUCUAAAAUGCUGUCAGCAAGCAGUAUAAAACCAAUACCUCAUGCUCCCAAAAGGAAUGAAAGUCUAGAACUAUUGGAAGAACUUCGCAAAAAACAGGAGAUCUUAGCUCAGAAGCGUGAUGAGUUCCGCCGCCAGUUAGAGAAACUUGCAAAACAAAAAGGUUCAGCUAAUUCGGUUAAGCAUGCAGAGGCCAGCGGAAUAGAAGUUGCUUCUAAUGAUGCAUCAAAAGUAAAGGAUGCAAGGUCCAUCAGCGCGAGGGCUGAAGGGUCACAGGAGGUUUCUGGUUCAAUGGAAAAGAAAAGUUCUGGAGAGUUGGCUUCAUGCUCUCAAAAAUCUGCUGCGAUAUCCACACAGAAAUCAGCAGUGGUUGCGAAGCAGACUACUCUGUUAGCACCUUCACAGAAUAGGUUUAAGCUUGACAAUCGAACCACAUCAUUCAGAAUUCUUCCACCUUUGCCUUCUGAUAUUGCAAAUGAAUCCAUCUUGGCAGACCAUUUCUCAUCAUUUGGGGAGCUUUCAUCUGUUGUUCUGGAAGAUACCGAAGCCCAUAACCUUGAUGCAACUUUAAAACCGUCUCUGAGUUGUUCAGCCUGUGUGACUUACACAACACGGCAAUCAGCUGAGAAAGCAUUUAUUGGUGGUAAAUCUUGUAAAGGGCAUACACUACGAUUUAUGUGGUUAACAGCAUCUCCUGGCUCAAAUAACCAUUCUAGACCUCAGAAUACUUCGAUUCCUGUCAGGGCCUCCAGUAUUUCUGGCCAUACGCAAAGCAUGUCUUCUGAGCCCCCUUGCCCCGUUGGGAAAAUCUCAUCUACUGCCACAUCUUAUACGGCAGCCAUUCCUCAUAAUAAAUCAACCUUAACUGCCAAAAGUGCAAAUAUUUCUCCAGUUGGAAUUUCCAAAGCUUCAGGUUCUAGUUCCUCUCUAUCGUCAAAUGAUGAGUGUCCUCCUCAACAUGGAUCAACAAGGAAUGUUAUCUCAGAUUCUGCGCUUCCACAAUGAGGUUGAUUGUAUUCGGACGACUUGGUGUUCUGAAGCUUGGCUUGGCUUGGUUGUUACAUAAAUCUUUAUCUAGCCAAGUUCCCCAGCACACUUUAAGUUAUCCGAAGAUCUUUGAAGACCUCUUGGUAUUAAUUUUGGGGGCAGCAUGGAUAAGACCCACAAAAGGGAAAACGGCUGGUUAAGAAUAGGAAUUCUAAUGUACACUGGGGCCUUUUACCGACGGGGAUCACUGUCCAAUUUUAUCGUUCUAUGAGGUGUGCUAGAUCAUUUGUGCACCUUAUUUUGGGGAGCAUUAUGCCGAAAGCAGUUGAUAUUAUGCUAGUUCUGUAGUUUGUAGCUCCUUGCUGAAAGCAGCACCGUGUGGUUAUGUUAUGAGCUCAUUGAACACCAAACUUGUAACUCAUCUAGGCCCGCAUGUCCAAAACUUCUGUUGUGCAUAGCAUACUAAUAGGGCAUACGUAACUGACCCAUUCAAUGCAAUUUUGUGUUUACCUAUUAGGGUUCCUUCAAAA